AAAUUUCCGUGCAAUCCGGAUUUCUCAGGGAGUUCCUUGGAAAAGCCCGGAUCAGUCAGAAGGUUUGUAAGCCUAAACCUGACAUUCCGGAUGUUUACCCUUGAACCGAGGGCUCUGUAGCCGACCUAGACGUUCAAACCACAAAGAUGCAUUGCUUUCGCGUUACUGUUGGUCUGCUUUGACCUGUUGCCACAAAGCACAAAAAGAUUCGUUCGUGACUCGCCCCGCCAUGGCUGCCCGUCCUGCCAAUGUACGCGAAACACGGGGUUUGUGCUGUCUGCAUGGGAUGGGGCAUGCGUUCGCACUGACCAGUGCAUGCUACAUUACAACACAGAAGCAUGUUGCACUGAAUUCGUUCUGCUCAACCAUUUCAAGAUCAUGAUUCUAGUCCUUCCUAGUUUCAAUCUAAGCGGCGUACCCGUGAGACUGUCACGAAAGCGUGCUGUAAUUGCUUCACCGGCGCGCCGCCAGACUCGUCCAUUCGCCUCUGCGAAAGUCUCCGAAAGUCUGGAACCGGAUCAUGCAGUCAGCGAUUGAUCGCCGCCCCGCGCGAACGCCCUCGCAGCUGCGCCACGGCGGCGCGCAAUUCGCGGGAAUCUGCGGAGCCCCGGGCCCCGCGCCAUCCUCGGGCGCAAUCCCCCAACCCCCCGCCUCCGCCGGGCUCCGUCCGCCAACCCACGUCCGCCAUGCUUCCUUUCCCCGCUCAUCCUCUUCGGGAUCCGGCGGAAAAUCUUCCCCCCCAACAGCUCGAAGCUAUGAGCGCGCCUCCGGCGCACGCCCUUCAGGGGGAUUCGCCGGCGGAGCGGAUCUCGGCGCAAGAGUGGCGGCGGCAGUGGCGGCGACCGCAGCUUCCGCGGCGGCACCAACUACGCCUACGCUGGUCGCUCCCGCUGCUGCCGAGGUCUCUGCCGCGGCUGAGGCAGCGGAAUCGGCGGCGGCGGCGGCGGCGCAGCGGAGCGCGAAAGCACGGGAGCUGAUGGAGCGGCUCCACCAGCCGACGGCGCACGAGAUCCGCGCGCGGAGGGACGAGGCGGAGCGGCGGGAGAAGGCGCGUAUAGAGCUGGCGGAGAGGCAGCGGAACGAAGAGCGGCGACAGCAGGAGCUGGUAACCCGGGCGGCGGUGAUCAUCGCGACCGCUGGGAUUCCAGGCGCGUGGGAAAUUCGCGCGGAGCGAGAGCGACGGGAAGAAGAACGGCGGGAGCAAGAGUUGCGGGAGCAGGAAUGGCGGGAGGCGGAAGAGCGGAGACAGCGGGAGGAGGAGCGGCGUCAGCAGCUGAAGAACCGGGCGGCAGCGAUUGUCGCGAGUGCGCCCUCGUGGGAGCAGACGCUACAGCAGCAUCUGCUGCAGCAGGAUGCUACAGCCGAACUGCCACUGCCACAACCUCCCACCAAGCGGGAGUGUUUGAGAGCGAAAAAGGGCGAAACGUCGCCGCUGCUGUCGUCGCAUCGCCUAGUGAUGUUACAGAUCGACGACGCGACGGAAUGUAACGUUUUAACAGUCGCGACAACGAUAGGCGGCUCGUCCAGGUCGCAAGGCGCCGCGGCGGCAGAGCGGAGCCCGCGAUCGGCGCCGGCAUUCGCGGCAGCACGAUCUGCCGGCUCAAAGUCUUCCAAGUCGACCUCCCUGGCUGAAACGCGCUCGUUUGGAGCUUUUGCCAAUGGCGGAAGCGCGCCUGGAGCGCCUCCCCCUUCCGCGUCGUUCCUUCCGCCCAAAUCCCCCGCCGCGGCGACCUCGGGCUGGGGCGCAGCAUCCCCGCGCGAGGAAGUGAAAAGAUCCCCCAAAGGCGGGCAGCUCUCGUCGUCAGCGGGAGGUAGUGUCGCGCGGAAUCCGCACGGGCAGCAGCAAAGAUUCCACGGGCAGCCGGGCGAACAGUUCGGGCAGAAAAGCGGGCAUGUGAAGAAAUCGGUGUCGUUUCCGGAUAUGGGAGUUUUUAACCCGCCCGGGUUUGCUGGAAAGGCGGACCGGAGCAGCGCGAUUCCCGGCGGGAAUGAUCUCACUAGUAGGAGAGGCGAUACGGUGGAAUCAAGUAGCGGAGGAGAUGAGUGGGAUGAGAGGGGUCUAGUAGGAGAUGACUGGGAUGAGAGGGGUCUAGUAGGAGAUGACUGGGAUCGAGAAGGUUUGGAGAGACGGACAGAGAGGAGGAGAGGGGGUAGUGACGGUAGCGGGCUCGAGUUCGGGAAUGACUGGGAGGUCGACCUGUAUGAUUCUUCUGUAGCGACGACGCAGGCCGAUGUAGCGAGGACGGCUGUAGCGAAGGGUUGGGAUCGCGAGAUAAGCCUGGCAGAUCUACCGGACGAUGCAGCGCCGCUCCCUCAUGCGUCAUCCCCCCACACUGCUUCUGGGGUCGGCGGCCCGCUGCCGCCCAGCCUUACACUGUCGCCGCACACGCUCCCAAGCCAACUUGCCCUGCACAACAGCCCUCACUCCCCCUCUCUUUACUCCCCUUCUCCUCACUCUCCCUCUCCCCACACUCCCUCUCGGCGCUCUCCCUUCCCUCGCUCUCCCUCGCACGACGCUGGGAAUCCGCAUGGUGCGCCGCCAACCCUACCCGCCCCACCGUUGACCAGAAGAAACGAUUCCCUCCCGCGUCUCUCCCCUGGCUUUCCUUCCCCCCACCUGCACUCACCCGUACCUGCCGCCAAGGCUCGGCACGCCUUCCCCAAAAGCAGGAGCUCCGCCGAAGCAGACGGUUCGGCCCAGGUCAACGGUGCUGCCGAGCCUGAGCGAUCUCCAGGCUGGGAGGAGGGUGUUGUGAGCAGGGCGCGGAGCCUAGAGGCCCGGCCUGGAGCUCCGGCCCGAGCCUGCUCUGCCGAGGCUGGGGAGUCGCCUGGUGGGGGUCACGUUCGGGUGAGCCGAGCCAAGACUGUGGAAGGCAGGAUUGGGGGACGGGGUAGUGGGGGAGGGGGAAGCAGAGGGGGAGGUGGAGAGGGGAGAGAGGCAAGAGGAGCGGGAGAGGAAUGGAAUCGAGGGGAACGAUCUCGGCAUCGGUCGCAUAGCAAGUCAACAGACUUCACUCCGGGAGGUGUGAGUCGCAGCACCGAAGCAGCAGCACGCAGCCAGGGCAACACAGCAGCUGCGGGCGAAGGCAAGGCAAGAGGGGGGCCUAGACCCGGGAUGGUAAAUCAGGCGAGUAGUGCUGCAGAGAAGGCGGGACCUGGGGGAGGCGGACCUGGGGGAGGCGGACAUGCUGCAGGCAGGGGCGGUCACAGGAGGGCUGCUAGCUGGGCGUUGCAGGGAGAGACGGGCUCAACAGGAGCAGAGGAGAGAGGAAAGAGUGGGAGCCAGCUCCGGGAAGGUUCUUUGGAGCGCAAGGGUGUAUCGGCUGCCAGUGCCAGUGGUAGCAGCGGCGCUGCUGGUGCUGGUACUGGUACUGCUGCUGCUGCUGCUGCUGCUGCGGCUGUUGCUGCAGCCAGUGGCGAGGCAGAAGCAGAUGAGAGUGGGCGGUGGGAGGAAGUGCGGUCGCUCUUUUUCAAGUCCAGCCGGAGUCGAUUCGUCAACCUCGCCUUCAAAGGCCUCUCCAGCUUCUCCAAAAUGGUUGCUGCUGCCGGCGCCGCUGCUGCUGCUGGGGUUGGCGUGGGGGGGAUGGUUGGAGUGGGGGCGAAUGUGUUGGGAGGGGAGUUUGAGGACGUGGAGGGGAGGUAUGAGGUGGAGCGGGGGAGGGAGCUGGGGGCGGGCCAGUUUGGCGUGACUCGGGUGGUGAAUUGCAGGAGCACAGGGAGGAGGCUGGCUUGCAAGACCAUAAACAAGGCUGCACUCAAGUCCAAGUCGGACGUGGAGAACGUGCGGCGUGAGGUGGCAAUACUGGAGCUGCUUAAAGCGCAUCCCAACGUGAUCCGACUAGAGGAGGCCAUAGAGUCCCCCCAGGCCAUCCACCUCGUCAUGGAGCUCUGCUCCGGGGGCGAGCUGUUUGACCGCAUAAAGGAGCGGCGGCGGUACGGUGAGAGGGAGGCGGCGAGAGUGAUGCACGUGCUGCUGGACGUGCUGCAUUUCGCCCACCACCGCCACCACGUGCUGCACCGCGACGUCAAGCCCGAGAACAUCCUCCUCGUGUCGCCCAAUUCACACACCGACAUCCGCGUGAUUGACUUCGGGGUGGCCGCGUUUCACAAGCCCGGGUCUAAGCCGCUGAGUGAUGCCGUUGGGAGCCUGUUUUACAUUGCUCCGGAGGUGAUUGCCGGCUCGUACGGUACCCCAGCUGAUGUGUGGUCGGCGGGUGUUGUCUUGUACGUGCUGCUGGCUGGCGUGCCGCCGUUCUGGGCCGAGACGGAGGCAGGGGUUGCCAAGGCGAUUAAGGAGGAGGAGGUGGGCUUUAAGGGGUCGGUGUGGAGAGGCGUGUCAGACGAGGGGAAGGAUUUGAUUCUGCGGAUGCUGGAUCGCGAUCAAAAGAGGAGGGUCUCGGCGCAGGAGGCAUUAGAGCAUCCGUGGUUCGACGUGUGCCUCGAAUCAACACCACCGGAUUCAAGCUGAUUGGUUGCCAUACAGAGUCAAUCGGAUCGUCCUGUCGAUCGGCUAUGCUUCCAAAAGUGGUCAGAUGCCUACCGGUAUUUAUAUAUGUGAAAAAUCAAUGUUCACUGACGUUCUGCGUUAUAGUAGGCAAUAUGAAAGUGAGCAAUGCGUCUCAGC